UUCGUAAAAGUUGUUGCGCUUCCUUUUUCGAAUCCACUCACGAAUCUUCCAGCGCAAGUUUUGUUCUUCUCUGCGAUUUCUUUUUACUAUAUACUAAUACCUCGAAGAAACCCGUGGAAAAUGGCGAUGGCGAGUUUGUAUCGGCGAUCUCUUCCUUCUCCUCCGGCGAUUGACUUUUCUUCCGCCGAAGGCAAGCUAAUCUUCAAUGAAGCGCUUCAGAAAGGCACCAUGGAAGGUUUUUUCAGGCUGAUUUCUUAUUUCCAGACGCAAUCCGAGCCUGCGUAUUGCGGUUUGGCUAGCCUCUCAGUGGUGUUGAAUGCUCUCUCUAUCGAUCCUGGACGAAAAUGGAAAGGGCCUUGGAGAUGGUUUGAUGAAUCAAUGCUGGAUUGCUGCGAGCCACUGGAAGUAGUGAAGGACAAAGGGAUCUCAUUUGGGAAAGUUGUGUGUUUGGCUCAUUGUUCAGGUGCAAAAGUGGAAGCUUUCCGCACGAAUCAGAGCACCCUUGAGAAUUUCCGCAACUUUGUUGUGAAAUGCUCCACUUCUGAUAAUUGCCAUAUGAUCUCAACGUAUCACAGAGGCGUAUUCAAGCAGUUCUGUGUUGUUUUCAGAUUCAUGCUUAUAUCUAGACCCCACAGAGAACCUGGAUUGCUCUACACUUUGAGCUGCAAAGAUGAAAGCUGGAUCAGCAUAGCUAAGUAUUUGAAAGAAGAUGUUCCUCGUCUUGUAAGCUCCCAGCAUGUAGAUAGUGUGGAUAAAAUCUUAUCUGUUGUGUUCAAGUCACUUCCUUCAAACUUCAACCAGUUCAUCAGAUGGGUGGCUGAGAUCAGAAUAACAGAGGACUCAAACCAAAAUCUCAGCCCAGAGGAGAAAUCAAGGCUGAACUUAAAGCAAGUGGUGCUGAAAGAAGUGCAUGAAACCGAACUGUUCAAACACAUCAGCAAGUUCUUAUCCUCAGUGGGUUACGAAGACAGUAUGACAUAUGCGGCUGCAAAGGCUUGUUGCCAAGGAGCUGAGAUCUUAUCCGGAUGCUCAUCAAAAGAGUUCUGUUGUCGGGAGACUUGUGUGACAUGUGUCAAAGGUCCUGGCGAGACGGCGGAAGGCACGGUGGUGACCGGAGUCGUGGUGCGUGACGGGAGCGAACAAAAGGUUGAUCUAUUGGUGCCGUCGACACAAGUCGACUGUGAAUGUGGUCCGGAGGCAAAUUAUCCGGAUGGGAACGAUGUGUUCACUGCACUUCUGUUGGCAUUACCUCCACAGACAUGGUCAGGGAUCAAAGACCAAGCUCUUAUGCACCAAAUGAAACAGCUCAUUUCCAUGGCUUCCCUCCCAACUAUGCUUCAAGAAGAGGUAUUGCAUCUUAGACGCCAACUUCAGCUGCUAAAACGAUGCCAAGAGAACAAAGAGGAGGAAGAUCUCGCUGCUCCUGCGUAUUGA